AUGGAAUUUAGAUUACUCUCUCCGGAAUUAAGCCUUUCAUCACGUGCAGAAGAUUAUGAAGUGGAUGAAGAGGAAAAUUUGGAACUACCACCAAGUCCAAUAUUUCAACCAACAGAACAAGCCAAACAAAUCUUUGGAGAUUUCUCUACAAUGGUAUUUGAUAUGGUAGUGAUCGGAGUGUAUGGAGCUGGCAGCCAAUUCGUUAAAGGUGCCUUUCUUGAUCGAAUGGAUGAAUUGAAAUUGGUUCAUGUAGCUUCAAUCCGAACAGCACCACAAGAGGCUGAAACUGUAACAUUUAAACGAUCAAAGCAAGCUGCCACUGACAAUAUAUAUUAUUAUUCAUCAUCUUCGGAAUUUGAUGCUUUGAAAAUUUUAAUUGUAGACAGUGGAAACGUGAUUGAACAAAAACACAACGCUCAAUAUUGUACUGUGAAAGAGACUCACCAAAAUGCAUAUACCACUUAUUUAUACUCUAAAUUAAUUGUUGAUCAUAUCAAAGCGAAUAGAUAUGUUAUUCUCGACAGUAUUUUGGCAAGCUCAUUUACUGCUGGGGACAAACGACAAGUGAGACCUCCACUUUUGAGAUGCCUACGAACACAAGCGGACAAGAAUUCACACAAACACACAUUACUUUUACCUCCAUAUUUAGAGUCUCCUAACCUAAUGACUGGAUUGGCUACAUCAAUUUUGACCAUGUUAGAGCAUAGAAAUUUGAACGGAAUUUUGCUUUGCUCGUUAGAAGAAAAUCAUGCUUUGGAACAAGUAACCAUGAAAGCAUUCGAAAAGAGUGUUUUCUCCGGAAUUUUAGUCAAACAAACGAGUGGUGACAAAGGGAACACAACCACACCUCUCUCUCCCCUCUCACCAAACUCUACCCUUAAAUACAAGACAUUGAGCUCGAGCACUGAGCAUCAUGCUUUUUAUUUGUAA